AUGGCGCCGAAGAUCGCUAUUCUUUUCUACUCCAUGUAUGGACAUAUCCAGAAGCUAGCGGAGGCAGAGAAAAAAGGCAUUGAGGCUGCUGGAGGCACAGUAGAUAUCUAUCAAGUCGCCGAAACCCUCCCCCAGGAAGUCCUCGAUAAGAUGCAUGCGCCGCCGAAGUCUUCCUACCCGAUUGCUGAACCAGAUGUGCUUCUGAAAUACGAUGCUAUCCUGAUGGGAAUCCCAACCCGUUAUGGGAAUUUCCCUGCCCAGUGGAAAGCGUUCUGGGACAAAACAGUGGGUAUUUGGGCUUCUGGCGGUUACUGGGGCAAAUAUGUUGGUCUCUUUGUCUCGUCUGGAACUCCAGGCGGUGGACAGGAGUCUACCAACCUCGCUGCGAUGAGUACGCUGGCCCAUCAUGGAUUCAUCUACGUUCCUCUGGGAUACAAGACUGUGAUGUCCCUGUUGGUGAACGUCGAUGAAGUUAGAGGUGGUAGCCCGUGGGGUGCUGGGACUUUUGCUGGCAUUGAUGGCUCGCGUCAACCAUCUGCGCUGGAACUCCAGGUUGCCGAAGAACAGGGCAAGCAGUUCUAUAACACUGUCGCCAAGGUUAACUUCGAAUGA